AUGACAGCCACACAAAUACCACAUCUUCGCAAGACCAAGACGUCCUCACAACUGGUUGUCAACGGCGAGCCUUUCCUCAUGCUCAGCGCUGAGCUCCACAAUUCGACACUCAGUUCGGCGAAAUACAUGCGGGAUGACAAGAUUUGGGAGAACAUGCGCGCGAUGCAUUGCAAUACGCUUCUUGGAUCUGUGACUUGGGAGCAGAUUGAGCCUAUAGAAGGCCAAUUCGACUUUAGCAACAUCGACGAGAUCAUUCUAGAUGCCCGGAAACACGACAUGAAGCUAGUCCUGUUGUGGUUCGGCACUUAUAAGAAUGCGCUUAGUACCUACGUGCCAGCGUGGGUAAAGAAGGAUGUCAAGCGGUUCCCAAGAGCGCAUGUCAGCGAAGCGGGCGCAAAAAUUAGAACUGAGGAGUAUGUCAGCCCAUUCUGCGAAGCAGGUUGGACAGCCGAUGCGAAGGCCUUCGGGACGUUGAUGCGACAUCUAAAGGAGUUCGACGGCGCGCAUAGCACUAUCAUUAUGGUGCAGGUCGAGAACGAGACUGGCAUUUUGGGAGACUCUAGAGACCGAAGCAAGCUUGCGAACCAGAGGUUCGCCCAAGCCGUACCGAAGGACUUGGUUGAAGGUCUGCAAUCGCGCAAGAACCCACAUCCCGAUUUCGUGAAACGAUUUCCCAGCAUCAAGGAGGCGAAGGCAGGAGAACACUCAUGGAAGGAAGUUUUUGGCGUGGACGACGUGAUCAACGCCGAUGAGAUGUUCAUGGCGGACGCCAUCUCUCGCUAUGUUGAGAAGGUCGCUGCAGCAGGCAAGGCGGAAUACCCCAUCCCACUCUACGCGAAUGUAUGGUUAAACUUCGACGACCCAUCGGCUCUCGACCUCACAGAUCUACCCGUUGUCGUCGGUGGCGGAGCCACAGCAGGCAUUUACCCGUCCGGUGGGCCCUGUCCGCACACAAUGGAUGUCUGGAAGCAUAACGCACCUUCUCUAGACUUCAUCGCUCCUGACCUCUACUUCCACGACUACGAGAGCACGUGCAAGAACUACCGACACGAUGAUCAAGUCUUCUUCAUACCAGAGCAGAGGCGGGAUGAGAAAGGGGUGCGGAGAGUAUGGUUAGCAUAUGGCACAUACCUAGCACUUGGAUGCUCGCCAUUCGGUGCAGACUCCGAAUCAGCAGAGGCCAGCGCUAUAACCAAGCAUUACAAGCUCAUCUACUCGGUACGAAAGCAAAUACUCGAUGCGCAGGCCAAUAGGCCUGAAGACAUCAUGGGAUUCUUCUUCGACGAGUGGAAAGAGGGCGAGAAGGUGAAGGAGCACAGCUGGACCAAGAAGAUGGGUGGAUUCGACGUCAUUGUGGACCGCGCCUUUGUCUUCGGUAAGCCGGGCCCUGGCGCUGGUAUGGUCAUUCAUCAGGGCGACGGCAAGUUCUUGUGCGUUGGUUGGGGCUUCAAUGUGUACUUCAAGAGCACCAACCCUAAGUCCACGUUCACGGGUAUUUUGCACGCAGAGGAGAAGGAAGUCAACCCUAAGACUUGUGAAUUAAGUACUUUGAAGGUGCUUGGUGGUGAUGAGACGCGUAGUGGGGAGUUCUUGAUAAUGCCGAAUGAGGAACCGGACUACGGCGGCUUCCCGAUUGCGGUGACCAUUCCUUCACGGACAAUGAUCGCUGAGUGCUGGGCUUAUAGCGUUGAAGAGGUGGAGGAUGACUUUUAG